CGGACAUUGUCAUUUUAAGAACUUGAACUUGUGGGUGUAAAACAUGAAUAAAUUGCAUCUAUGUCUUCGAAUUCUGUUUAUUGUAGGGGUGAUGUUGAUAUUACUUAUCAAUUUUAAUCGAAGAACACACAAGAACAUGAAUAUUGAAGAUGCAUUCAAUCAAUUGGGAAAGUGGGGACGUUAUCAAACGCUGAUUUAUAUCGUUGUGUUGACUGCGUCUCUGCCAAAUGCUUUUACUACACUGCAGUUUGCUGUAAACCACUUUGAACCAAAUCACCGUUGUAGAUUACCGGAUAAAAUUGAAAACAUAUUGAAAAACAACUCAAACGCCAGGGAGAAAAUUCUUGAUCAUUUCAUACCCGAGGAAGUCGGCAAUUACGGACUGAUAAGAAGAAGUAAAUGUCACAUGUAUAACAGGAAUUAUUCUACACAAUUGUCUUUGAUAAAUCUCAACGAAUCUUCUGACAUCAUACCAUGUACCAAUGGAUACAUAUUUGAUAUGCUGCCUAAUCAUGAUACCGCAGUUACCGAGUUUGAAAUGAUAUGCAACAAUGAUUGGAAAUCACCCCUAGCAAUUACGUUAUUCCAAUGUGGAAUGGCAAGUGGAUCUGUGGCCGGCAUUCUUGCUGACAGGUAUGGUAGAAGACCAGUAUACUUACUCGCAAGUUUGACUCAGAUUGGAUCCAUGGCGCUCACAGCUGUUGCUUGGAACUAUUAUUUAUAUUUAACUGCAGUUUAUAUAAGUGGUGUGUCAGGAUUGAUAAAUUACGUUGUUGCUUUUGUUUUAGCGACGGAAGUUAUUUCGGUGAAAUCCAGAAAUUUUAUGGCAGUUGGUUCAAUGUAUUCAUAUUCAAUUGGAUAUGUUCUUGUGCCGUUAAUUGUCUAUUACACACAACACUGGCGUUUAUAUGUCUGGGCAUCUAUGGCAUUGGGUGCUGUGCUAUACGUACCGGGCUACUGGUUGUUCCCCGAAUCACCACGUUGGCUAUUGAGAGUUGGUAGGACAAAUGACGCGAUCAUGGGACUGAAAAAAAUGGCAAAGAUGAACAAAAAGAAUAUUGAUUUUGCAGAAUUGAAAAAAACACGUGUUGCUGAUUCUCACGUUAGAAUUGCAUCGCCGUCCGGCCACUUGAACCCUUCGCAUAAUUUUCAAAUCUACAUUAACCUCCAGAUUUCUAGCAGCUUUCUUUGUAUGGUUUGUAACAGGUCUCGUGUACUACGCCAUAUCGUACCACUCAAAGAGCUUCAGUGAUGAUCGGUACUUGAACAUAUUGUACUGUGGAUUGGCGGAAAUACCAGCAUAUGUCAUUAGUUUUUAUGCUGUGAAUAGGCUUGGUCGUCCAAGAUGCACUACUGUUUUUCUUCUAACAUGCGGAAUUUUUAGC